AUGACUAACACGAAGGACCCUAAGAGAGCCAUGGAUGCUUUACCAGUGACCUCCAACUCUGCUGCAGGCCCUGUUACUUUCUCACAGGUCUUUGGCCAGCAAUGUCAACUUAUGGAGGCAGCUGUGCAGUCUAUGCAUACCCUAAAUGACCAGCUCUCGCAUUUUAUCGUGAACAAGUCAAAAAUGCUGGAUGAGGACAAAGAUGCUUUCUUGCCCAGUGAAAAAGAGUCUCUGAAAAAUUCCAUGAUGCUGAUGAGACACCUCUUAAUGGAUGCACAGGCCAAAAUCCUGAACAUGAUGGAAGACAAUAAGCAGCUGGCCCUCCGGAUCGAUGGAGCUAUCCAGUCCGCCAGCCAGGAGAUGACUAACCUGCGAGCCGAGCUGACCGCCACCAACAGGAGACUGGCCGAGCUGAGCAGUAGCGCCAGCAGCUCCGCGACCCCCUCGAUCAUGGAGAACAACCAGCACAACGCGCAAGUGCUGUUACGAGAAGAAGUGACCCAGCUUCAGGAGGAGGUUCACCUGCUCCGACAAAUGAAGGAAAUGCUAACAAAAGAUCUGGAGGAGACACACGGAAGCAAGUCGACGGAGGUUCUCUCCGCCACUGAGCUCAAACUCCAACUGGCACAGAAAGAGCAAGAGCUAGCGCGAGCCAAAGAAGCCCUACAGGCCAUGAAGGCAGAUCGAAAACGUUUGAAAGCAGAGAAGACAGACCUGGUAAGCCAAAUGCAACAGCUCUACGCCACGCUGGAGAGCCGGGAGGAACAGCUACGUGACUUCAUCAGGAACUAUGAGCAACACAGAAAAGAGAGCGAGGAUGCGGUGAAAGCACUUGCAAAAGAAAAGGAUCUCCUGGAGCGAGAGAAGUGGGAGCUGCGCCGGCAAGCCAAAGAGGCGACAGACCACGCCAGCGCACUCCGCUCCCAGCUGGACCUGAAAGACAACAGAAUGAAGGAACUGGAAGCCGAGCUAGCCAUGGCCAAGCAGUCCUUAGCCACGUUAACCAAGGAUGUCCCCAAGCGUCACUCGUUAGCCAUGCCAGGCGAGACCGUGUUGAAUGGGAAUCAGGAAUGGGUGAUGCAGGCGGAUCUCCCGCUCACAGCUGCUAUCCGGCAGAGCCAGCAGACGCUUUAUCAUGCGCACCCCCAGCACUCAGCAGACCGACAAGCUGUCAGAGUGAGUCCGUGCCAUUCACGGCAGCCUUCCAUCAUCUCCGAUGCGUCAGCAGCAGAAGGCGAUAGGUCAUCGACGCCAAGUGACAUCAACUCGCCCCGGCAUCGGACGCAUUCCCUCUGCAAUGGGGAUAGUCCUGGACCGGUACAGAAGAACUUGCACAACCCAAUUGUACAGUCUCUAGAGGACCUCGAAGACCAAAAACGAAAAAAGAAGAAAGAGAAGAUGGGAUUUGGUUCCAUCUCCAGAGUAUUUGCCAGAGGGAAGCAGCGGAAAUCCCUAGACCCGGGCCUCUUUGAUGAUUCCGACAGCCUUUCCAGCCCAACCCGCCUAAGCCUCAGCCUUUCUGAAGGGGAGGAACAGAUGGACCGGCUGCAGCAGGUGGAGCUGAUCCGCACCACGCCCAUGUCCCACUGGAAGGCGGGCACUGUGCAGGCGUGGCUGGAGGUGGUCAUGGCUAUGCCCAUGUAUGUCAAAGCCUGUGCGGAGAACGUCAAGAGCGGGAAGAUGUUGCUCAGUUUGAGUGAUGAAGAUCUGGCGACAGGGCUGGGCGUCUGUAGCUCCCUUCACCGCCGCAAACUCAGGCUGGCAAUAGAGGAUUACAGGGACGCAGAAGCAGGCAAAUGCUUGUCUAAAGCCUCUGAACUGGAUCACCACUGGGUAGCCAAGGCCUGGCUGAAUGAUAUUGGGCUGUCUCAGUAUUCCCAGGCUUUCCAAAAUCACCUCGUGGAUGGAAGGAUGCUGAACUCGCUGAUGAAACGGGACUUGGAGAAGUACCUUAAUGUGUCUAAAAAGUUCCACCAGGUCAGCAUAUUGCUGGGAAUAGAGCUGCUUUUUCAAGUCAACUUCAGCAAAGAGGUUCUGCAAGAGCGGCGGGCUCGCUGCGAGACCCAGAACGUCGAUCCGCUUGUCUGGACAAAUCAGCGGGUGCUCAAGUGGGUGCGGGACAUUGACCUGAAGGAGUAUGCGGAUAACCUGAUGAACAGUGGCGUGCAUGGGGCCGUGCUAAUGCUGGAGCCCACGUUCAAUGCAGAAGCCAUGGCCACAGCUCUGGGCAUCCCAAGCAGCAAGCACAUCCUGAGGCGGCACCUGGCCGAGGAGAUGAACGCCAUCGUUAACCCAGACAACCCUACAGGUGUUCUAGAGAGCGACCGAUAUGGAACGUCAACUCUCCUCAAACAGGGUUCGCUCAGGCGCUCCUCCAGCGCUACCAGGCAGAGCAAGGAGGAGGGGAACAGCUUAAAAUGCAAAGCAAGCAGGCUUCCCCUGGGGAAAAUUGGAAGGGGAUUCAGCGGAAAAGACACUGAUUUCCAUGACGACUAUGGAUCUCUCAAAAACGAAGAGUGCUGUGAGGAUAUGAAGCUAAGUAGGCCAGAGCAGUGCCGCCUGGAACGCUUUGGCAGCCUGGAAGUCACCAAUGUGUAA